AUGAGCUUUGGACCUUCGCAUUAUGAGGUUUUGGAUCUAGAGGCAGAUUGUGAUUCGCAAGAAAUAAAAACAGCCUAUAGAAAGAAGAUCUUGGGUGCACACCCAGAUAAAAAACGUUGUGGUUCCGGACCGGCCAUUUAUUCUAUUGAAAAAAUCCAAGAAGCGUACCGCGUUUUGUUAGACGACGAGAACCGGAUGCGUUACGACGCCCUGCUCGCAGAGUCUUAUAAGAAAACCGGGUUUCACAACGCUGGCGAUGGACUUGAUUCCUUUUCGUUGGAUGAAUUUCGAUUCGAUUCGCAGAAGGAGCUGUUUUAUAUGGACUGUCCACGAUGCAGCAUUGAGGAGGGAUUCGAGUUUAGCGAAGACACUCUUGAGGCUAACGGAGCAGAACUACCCCAAGGUGGUUUCUACAUAGUGGUACAGUGCAGUGCAUGCAGUCUAUGGAUCACGGUUACAUUUGACGUGGCCGAAGACUGA